AUGGCCAGCAGCAAAGAGCCAGUUCAGGCAGACCUGGAGAAAACACAAUCCAUCAUCGAAGGCGACGUCGAAGAGUACAACGUUACCGCCGAAACUCUACCAGAGUCGCUUCGAGCGCUCAGCGAUGAAGAGUUCCGACGUCUUGAGAAAAAGCUCGUCCGCAAGAUCGAUCUUCUCAUCUUACCAGCCAUCGGAAUCCUGUACAUCCUCAACUACAUCGACCGACAGAAUCUCUCAGCAGCCAAGUUGCAGGGCAUCAUGGAAGACCUUCACCUGACCACGGAAGACUUCGCCACGGCCAUAUCCAUCCUCUUCGUCGGCUAUCUGCCUUUCCAAAUCCCCAGUAACCUCAUCAUCACCAAGAUCCCGAGACCAGGAAUGUACAUCUGCGGAGCGGUGGUCGUCUGGGGAGGGAUAUCUGCUGCUACAGCCGCGGUCAAGAACUACGGCCAGCUGCUUGCAGUCAGAGCAAUCCUGGGUAUGGUCGAAGCCGUCUUCUUUCCUGGAGCAAUCUACUAUCUGUCAGCUUGGUAUACCAAGAAAGAGCUGGGGAAACGGUUUGCAGGCCUGUACAUUGCACAGCAAGUUGGCAAUGCCUUUGGCGGCCUUUUUGCAGCUGCAAUACUCCAACUUGAUGGCGCGCACGGCAUUGCUGGCUGGCAGUGGCUGUUCAUCAUCGAAGGCUCAGCCACAGUCGGGAUUGGAGCCAUUUGUGCUUGCAUCUUACCUGAGUUCCCACAUAACUGCCGGAUCCUUCCUCCCAUCGAGCGAGACCUUGCUGUCUGGCGUAUCGAGAACGAAGCUGGUGCGGCGGAAGGCACCGAAGACGAGAGCGUUCUUCGAGGAUUUGCGAAAGCCUUGUCGGACCCAAAACUCAUCUUGUUGAUCCUCUGCAACAUGCUCUCCCAAGGCCAAGGAUCGAUCGCCAACUUCUUUCCUUCCCUGGUAUCAUCGCUUGGAUACUCGAGCACCAUAAGCUUGCUGCUCACAGCUCCACCGUACAUCCUCGCCGGUUUCGUUUAUUAUGGAAUCAUGUUCUAUUCGGACCGCAAGAACACAGUGUACCCGAUUAUCAUGCUUUGCAUCUCGAUUGCAACAGCCAUGUACAUCAUCCCAAUGGCGACGACAAAUAUCGGAGCGCGGUAUUUCUCCAUGAUGAUCCUUCCGUUCUCAUCGGUCGGGCCUCAAAUCCUGCUGUACAAGACUAUCAACCUCCAUCUAGCCCGACCUGUAUCCAAGCGUGCGGCCGCGAGUGCCCUCGUCAAUGCCAUUGGUGGAACAAGCAACAUCUGGACCAGCUACUUGUACUAUGCUCCGCCGCACUACUAUGCGGCGUUUGGCGCUUUGAUGGCAUGCGCCUUACUGUUUGCAGGCGUCAUCACCCUCUAUCGCUGGCUCGUUCUGCGGGAAAACAAACGCCUCGAGUCUGGGGACCCACAGCUGAUCGCAAAGGCCAUGAAAGGUGGUGUUACACAGCAGAUGGUAGACAUGAGCUGGCGAUACGAGAUGUUUUGA